AUGGCGUCUGUAGAUCUUGAAAAUUUAUCAGACGUAGAAAUCCGAGCCAAAUUUCUGGAAUUAGGUUGUCCUGUUGGUCCAGUUACAGCUACGACUCGCAAAAUUUUAUUGAAGAAGUUGAAGACGUUGUUAGAGCAAAACCAAUCUUCUGUUGAUUUGAAUAGUUCAAAGUAUGAUCCUCGCACUAUAUCGCAAAGUUCUGAAGAUGAAAGUGAUCUUAAUACUUCGAGGACCCGAUCAUCUAGAAAAUCUAUGCCUCCUCCUAGAUCAAAUAAAUCACCCAAACGUAAGUCUCCAAGUAGAGCUAGUUUGGUCAGUGAACCUCUUGCCAAUUCCACAUUUUCCGAACAAACUAGUGUUUCUAAAAUGAGGAAAGAAAGUGUUAAUUCGUAUGCAAUCCCUACUAUUAGUGGUUUUGAGCCAAGAAAGUCUACUCGCAGUUCUUUAGGUUUAAAUAAUUCUAGUAACAGCCAGGACCUGUAUUCUGAUAAUGUUGAGGAGUCUUCUAAUGACUUGUCAUUUACUAAAAGUUCAAGAUCUUUUGUAUCCCAAGGGAGUAAUGAAAACCUUAAAGUUACCAAUAGCAGCCCUAAGCAUUCACCUGACUUGGGUUUCGGUUUAAGUGAUGCUUUCAAGUCAAGGCUUCAAGCCUCUGGUGCCUCUUAUACAUCCUAUUCUUCUCCAAGGCUUAGUACAUCCAAUCAACCAUAUGCUUCAGAUUUUCUUCGAAGGCUUUCUGCUAACAAGUCAGUUUCAUCUGUAGGUAUUACAAGUAAUAUUUCAUCAAGCCAUAGUUUGUCUUCAAAAUUAUUGGAUGUAAAAGAAAGUGAUGAUGAAGAUAAUGGUACAGCUCCUGUAUAUGCUAGAUUCACUCAAGGAAGCAGAUCCUCUCCCACUCAAAUCAAAGGAAGACAUAGAUUAUUGCUACAGGAUAGCUGGUUACUGUUUGAUGCACCUAUAUCUGCUGUUUUGCUGUUAUUAUUUUCUUUAUUUUUUGUUGUAAUUGGAGUCACGUAUAUAAACAUGCAUUCAUCAGAAACAUCAUUGGGCUCUUAUAGUGAUUUACAUUAUCCAAUAUGCCGCCCUCCUCAACCGGAUUCACAACAAAUACCUAGAGUCAAUUGUAUCAGAGAAGCUGAUAAAGAAACAUCAACAAAAGUGUUAAAAAUUUUAUACAGUGAGUUGCACAACAAGCUUGCAAGUAGCCCUUGUGUAAAGAUAGGUGAUGGGCCUUUUGGUCUUUCUGAUAGUGAAUUGAUUUCUUAUGUUGCAGAAGCUGACCCAUCACUAGGACCAUGGAUUACUGAGCAAAUGUUGCCAAAUGUUAAAAUCCUUAUAUCGGCAAAUCCUCGUUUGAAACUCAUCGAUAUCUCAGGAGGAAUGGCCAUAGUUAAUCCACCUGUACCAUUUAUCUGUUUAAUUUUUAACAAUCUUAUGAAAAUGGCUGACUGGGCUUUAAGAGCAGGUGUAGCAAUUGUCUCCUUCUUGGCCAUAUACUUUGGUGCCCGUUGGUAUAUGAUGAGAGAGGCUUCUCACAAACAAGAAGUAUAUAAACUUGUUUCUAAUAUUAUUGAAAUUGUUGCAUCUCAGUCACAAAGUCCUGAAAGUUAUGUUGCCAUUAGUCAUGUGAGAGAUCAGCUAAUUGCGCCUCAAGACAGAAACAGUUUGGAUAAACUUUGGAAGGAUGCAGUAGAAGUUCUAAAUUCUGAUUCAAGAAUUAGAUGUGAGCAGCAGGUUGUGGAAGGAGAGGAUUGCCUGGUCUGGAGAUGGGUCGCAUCCUCAUACAACCCUAAUAAACGCAAAGUAUGGCAAGGGCAGGCAUUUGACACAAUGGAAGGAAGUGUUAACUCUCUCCCGAAUAGUCCAACAUCCUGUCUGAAGAUUCGGCAUAUGUUUGAUGCUGCUCUGGAGGAAGGAGAUGAUUGGGUUGCUACUGUAGUUGAUGCAAUUCUUGAAAAAUGUAGUGAUGCUAGAAUUCUCCAUAUCGCUGUUGAGAGACAGUCGAGAGAGGGCUGUGUCUAUAUGAAAUGUGGUUCACCUAGAGAUGCUGGUAUUGCCUACAGAGCACUUCACGGAUCUUGGUUUGACAGUAAUCUUGUUACAGUAAAAUAUAUUAGAGAGGCUCGUUAUUUAGAGCGAUUCCCAGAAUCUGCAAAAUGCACACAACCUCUGUAUCCAUCUAAUGAAAGUAGAAACUCACUCAACUAA